AUGCAUAUUAUCUUUGAUAAUUUAGAUUCUCAAGAGUCGAAUUUAAAAAUUGUGGUAGAGGAACCAGUUGCUUCGUCUUCUUCAGGUAGCAUUGCAGUUAACGAUCCGAUCAUUAACUAUGACGAUCCGGCAUUUUGGCCUUUUCCGCUUAGUUUGGUAGAAUUACUAGGAAAAUAUGACGUCACUAUGCAUGAGCAUCUCCGACGCAUUUCAUCCCAAGAAACUCAUGUUCAUUAUUGCAGUAACACUAUUCAAAAUGAAAUUAUCACUUUGAUGGGAUCAAGUGUUAAAAACACAAUAUUAGAUCGUGCCAGGCAAGCAAAAUACAGUAUAAUUUUAGAUUGUACUCCUGAUUUGAGUCACACAGAACAACUUUCUGUUACAAUACGAUUUGUCGAUGUAUCCAGUGAUGUGUCCCCCAAAGAACAUUUCAUUACUUUUCGAGCAGUUCAUGAAUCGUCUGAUCAGUCCUUGUUUGAUAUAAUUUUAAAGGUAUUAGAAGAACUCAAUUUGGAUAUUAAAGAUUGCAGAGGACAAGGCUACGAUAAUGGGUCCAACAUAAAAGGAAAGAAUAAAGGUGUUCAAGCUCGUAUCCUUCAAAUUAAUCCAAGAGCUUUCUUUAUGCCUUGCAGUUGUCACAGUUUAAAUUUAGUUAUUAGUGAUUGUGCAACUUCUUGUACCGAGUCUGUUAGUUUUUUCGGAGUUAUUCAAAAAAUUUACACACUCUUUUCAGCUUCUGUUGGAAGGUGGAAAAUAUUAACUGAUACUGUGCCAGCUUUUACAGUAAAACCACUUUGUACAACCCGGUGGGAGAGUCGUAUCGAGUGUUUAAAGCCGUUGCGCUACCAAGUUAUUGAAAUACAUGAUGCUCUGCUAACAUUACGUGAACACGGUUCCUCUGAUCCUGCAAUUAAGCAUGAAGCGCAAACCCUCGCGUCACAAUUAUGCGAUUACAAUUUCCUUGUUAUGCUCGUUAUCUGGUACGAUAUUUUGUUUCGUAUCAAUAUUGUGAGUAAAUCUAUGCAAUCAAAUACAAUGGACCUCGGAUCCGCCGUUUCGCUCAUGGAAUCUUGUGCCGAAUAUAUAGAAAAUUAUCGACUUAAUGGAUUUGCUAAAACGUUAGUAGAUGCAAAGGAACUUGCUAAAAGUUUAGAUGUAGAUCCCAUAUUUGUGCAGAAACGAGUAAAUCGAAAAAAACGCAUGUUUAAUUACGAACAUAGUGAUGAAACCAUGUCUGAUCCUCAAAAUCUUUUUAAAACAAAGAUUUUUUAA